AUGACAGUUUUCCUUUCCUUUGCAUUCUUCGCUGCCAUUCUGACUCACAUAGGGUGCAGCAACCAGCGCCGGAGUCCAGAAAACGGAGGGAGAAGAUAUAACCGAAUUCAACAUGGGCAAUGUGCCUACACUUUCAUUCUUCCAGAACACGACGGGAACUGCCGUGAGAGUGCGACAGAGCAGUACAACACCAACGCUCUGCAAAGGGAUGCUCCACACGUGGAGACGGAUUUCUCUUCCCAGAAACUUCAGCAUCUGGAGCAUGUGAUGGAAAAUUAUACUCAGUGGCUGCAAAAACUUGAGAAUUACAUUGUGGAAAAUAUGAAGUCGGAGAUGGCCCAGAUACAACAGAAUGCGGUUCAAAACCACACGGCCACCAUGCUGGAGAUAGGAACCAGCCUCUUGUCUCAGACUGCAGAGCAGACCCGAAAGCUCACAGAUGUGGAGACCCAGGUACUAAAUCAAACAUCCCGUCUUGAAAUCCAACUGCUGGAGAAUUCAUUAUCAACAUACAAGCUAGAGAAACAGCUUCUCCAACAGACAAAUGAAAUUCUGAAGAUUCAGGAAAAAAACAGUUUAUUAGAGCAUAAAAUCCUAGAAAUGGAGGGAAAACACAAGGAAGAGCUGGACACCUUGAAGGAGGAGAAAGAAAACCUUCAAGGCUUGGUUACUCGUCAGACAUUCAUCAUCCAAGAAUUGGAGAAGCAACUUAGCAGAGCUACCAACAACAACAGUGUUCUGCAGAAGCAACAACUGGAGCUCAUGGACACAGUCCAUAACCUUGUCAGCCUUUGCACAAAAGAAGGUGUUUUGCUAAAGGGAGGAAAAAGAGAAGAAGAGAAACCAUUUCGAGACUGUGCAGAUGUAUAUCAAGCUGGUUUUAAUAAGAGUGGAAUCUACACUAUUUAUUUUAAUAAUAUGCCAGAACCCAAAAAGGUAUUUUGCAAUAUGGAUGUGAAUGGAGGAGGAUGGACAGUAAUACAACACCGUGAGGAUGGAAGCCUAGAUUUCCAGAGGGGCUGGAAGGAGUAUAAAAUGGGUUUUGGGAAUCCCUCUGGUGAAUAUUGGCUUGGGAACGAGUUCAUUUUUGCAAUAACCAGUCAGAGGCAGUACAUGCUGAGGAUCGAGCUGAUGGACUGGGAAGGGAACCGAGCCUACUCACAGUACGACAGAUUCCACAUAGGAAACGAGAAGCAGAACUACAGGUUAUAUUUAAAGGGUCACACGGGGACAGCAGGCAAACAGAGCAGCUUGAUCUUACAUGGUGCUGAUUUCAGCACAAAGGACGCUGAUAACGACAACUGUAUGUGCAAAUGCGCCCUUAUGCUAACAGGAGGUUGGUGGUUUGAUGCCUGUGGCCCUUCCAAUCUAAACGGAAUGUUCUACACUGCGGGGCAAAACCAUGGAAAACUGAAUGGGAUAAAGUGGCACUACUUCAAAGGACCCAGUUACUCCUUACGUUCCACAACCAUGAUGAUCCGGCCCUUGGACUUCUGAAGGCGCUAUGCCAGUAUUAGAAACCUGAAAAACAAUCUGGGGAUGUUCCCGAAUGAGAAGCUAUCUGGAAGCUUCCGAAACAACCAGCAUCGUCUCCCUUCCAGCAGCAAGUGGUUACGUGAUGUCACCUGUGUUCUUGACCAUGGAUCUGGAGCCUUCUGGGGUCACAGAGUCUCCACUCGGGUCACUGUGUUUGAGUGGAUUUUAUCCAGACGAUGCUGCUCACUGUCGAGUUUUGAAAAGGGAAGAACCUGUUCAGCUCGCUGCACUUCAGAGUGCUACUGGAUCACAUCUUGAAUCUGUAACACAAUGAUGCUAAAUGCAGCUUCUUUCAUGUAAAAGCAAAAGAAGAAUAAACAACAAACAACAUACAGGGAAAAAAAUGGGAGCAGAACUGCCAGAAUCUGUUGCAGAUGGAUUGCAGAGGUGAACUGGUGCCAUUCUGGGAAAUCCUGCUAAUAGGUCACUGCACAAAAGGGACAUAGAGAAAACCUUUGUCUGCUGAGUUGGCUAGAAGUUAGUGGUGUUCACCAGCCCAUUUUGAGUGUCAGAUUUACUAGUUGACUUCAGUUUCCCCGUGUUCAAAUGUAACGCCAUCCUUGUAAGCCAUGAUACUAUACAGUACAUGGAGGAUAAGAGUUGGGGGUAAAAGGUGCCUAAGGACUCCUGAGUUUCUGAGAAUUCAGUUGUUAAAAGAUAUAAAAAUAUAAUCAAGAAUGGAUAUAGUAGGUGUAAAUUACGCUCAUGCUACAGUAUUCAUUUACAUGGAAUUUGAUUGACUGAUCCACAGGUAUGUUUAGAGCCUGAGUAUAUGUAAGAAGUGGGAAAGUUAUCAUCCAGUUCUUAAAGCGACACACAUGAUGCAGUUAGCAUUCUCAUUGGUGGUAUGUAGGAAAGUGACAUGUGGAGUACUUGAGUUGGAACAAACCAUUGUACAGCUCUUCUUUCAUGUAUUUGCAGAUGUGUGGCAUUGCUGUUUUAUAAAAUGUUUGUAGGCCUUCAAUUCUUCAUUCAGAUUUUUCAUGCUAAUUUAAUUUUUGAUAAUUAACUGCCCUGUACUUACAAAAUGCAUAUCCUACUCUGUUUUUUAUGAGUCAUACUUUAAAUAUUUCUACAAAUAAUAGAAGGAUUUUAAAUAUCAUUGUACAUAUGCUACACCUGUUCAUGUUAAACUCAACACAUGUUUAAUCUGGAAUAUACAAUGCUGUCCUCAAUUGAUGACUAUACAAUUGACUAUAAGUGUUUCAAAACAGCUAAUGUAUUAUUUGAUUAAGUAUAUUACCCUUCACGUUUUUUUCUCCUCCAGGCUCUGUUACUUCAAGCAAUUUCUAUCUUGUAAAAUAACAGUAGUGGAGAAAAUUGGCAUAACUCGUAAUUUAUGAGAAAUAUAGGAAAAAAAGCAUAGUCAUUUGACUAAGAAUUUUCUAAUUGGUUAACUGCUAUAAGUGCCUUAGAUAAGAUGUCCUUAUGACAUAAUCUAUAGUAAGUGAAGUUUUGGACACGGGAUUUUGUGAUAACCUGAUGUGGCUGCAGUAUUCUAUUAAGAAGAGUUCUCUGUUCAUAAAUGUUCAAGGUUACAGUAGAAAAAAAUUGAAUCAAAUAUGAUUUUACCAUGAAAGGGGAGAACUAAGUGUAGGCACCAGUUCUGUUUCCUCAGAGAAGGAGAAGACUUCCUGUGGCAUACAUGUGUCAAAAUAUGAACCUUGAUAACUGAAGCCACAGGCCUCAGUGGUUUUCCUGCAUCUGGGAGAACAAAGCUAUUCAUGGUUUUAAGAAAAGGUUUGUACUGUUUACCAUCACAUCUUUCUUAUACUUAUAUCUGCAAAAAAGACCAUUUUGCCUUAUGAGUGUUUUGUCCAGGCGUUACAAAGUUUUUCUACUGUUAGUAACUCCGUCACAACUCUCUUAAGCUGAGCCCUGUAAAAUCUUCCUUUUCAUUUAGGUGAAAGAAAAUUAGUAUUUUUGUGACUGUGGUUGUUGCUGUUUUUGUGCCCACAGAUGUUUUAAAACUAAUCUUGGGUAAGGUAAACUGUUUUUCCAUCCAUAUUACAAAAAAUAAAGUGAAACGAGGAGGAAAAAAAGUGUGGUAUUUGCAGUUUUGUUAUGUGGGUUUGAAAAAUAAGAUAUUGUUUUCAGUUAUUUAUAAUAAAGAAGUAUACUGAGUACAUUGUAUAAUGCCAACAUGUGUGUAGCAAUUUGACAUGCAUAGCUUUUGCAUUUAAUUAAUGGAGGAUAAAAUAGAUACUAUAACUUUGUCUUUAAAUUUCUAUUCCAAUAAAAGUUGUGUCAUUUCUAUGACAGUUUUUCAUAAUAUUAGAACAUUAUUUCAUUUAAAUAAAAUUGAAAAUAAUUUGUGCAACUUCA